AUGAUGAAUCAGAGCCACACUCAUACUGCCAUCCGAGGAACAAAAGGGUAUGUUGCACCCGAGUGGUUUAGGAACAUGCCAAUCACUACCAAAGUUGAUGUGUAUAGCUUUGGUGUUGUACUACUAGAGAUCAUCUGCUGUAGGAGAAGCGUCGAUGUGGGAAAUAGCUGCGAAGGGAAAGCGAUUUUAACCAAUUGGGUUUAUGAUUGCUACCAAGAAGGAAAAAUAGAUGCUGUUCUAGAUCACGAAACUGAGGCUUUGCAUGAUAAAAAGAAUCUGGAAAAGAGUGUGAUGGUUGCUAUUUCGUGCAUCCAAGAAGACCCGGCUCUUCGGCCGACUAUGAGGAAGGUUGUGCAGAUGCUUGAAGGAGUAGUGGAAGUGCAUGCUCCACCAUGUCCUUCCUCAUACACCAGAGCAGCCUGA